AUGGGUUGCAUAGGUUCGAAGGUUGACUCUAGUGAGAAGGAGGCUGCACAGCAAAAUGCACGCAUUGAACGUCAGCUACGACAAGACAGAAAGCAACACUCUCGGACGGUGAAGAUCCUCCUCCUCGGUGCCGGUGAAUCUGGUAAAUCUACCAUUAUCAAACAAAUGCGAAUCAUCCAUUCUAGUGGAUUCCAAGAUGAUGAGCGUGUUCAAGUGAAGGCUGUGAUUUACUCGAACCUUAUUGUCGCUUUCCGCGUCCUCAAUGAGAUCAUGCAGGAUGAAAAGAUCGACUUCGCCAGUGACGAGAACGAAGCAUACGCCGAACUCUUGGACGGAAUUGACGCUGAUGUUGAUGCACAUGAAGCUUUCCGGGACAAAAAAGUCAAAGAGGCGAUGGUUGCCCUGUGGAAGGACACUGGUGUCCAAAAGGCUGUUUCCAAGGGCCACGAAUUUGCUCUGCAUGACAAUCUGAACUACUACUUCCAGGGCAUUGAUCGCAUGUUUGACCCGGAUUGGACUCCUAACAAUCAAGACGUGCUCCACGCCCGCCUCCGUACUACGGGCAUCACCGAGACCGUUUUCGACCUGCGCGAGCUGACCUUCCGAAUGAUGGACGUGGGUGGCCAGAGAUCAGAGCGCAAGAAAUGGAUCCACUGUUUUGAAGGGGUACAGUGCCUAUUGUUCAUGGCUGCGCUGUCCGGCUAUGACCAAUGCCUCGUCGAAGACGUCAAUGCCAAUCAAAUGCACGAAGCGCUCAUGCUCUUUGAGUCACUCGUCAAUGGAGAGUGGUUCAAAGACAAGCCCAUCAUCUUGUUCUUGAACAAAAUCGACUUGUUCCGGGAGAAGCUUCCUAUAUCGUCCCUGUCAGCACAUUUUCCAGACUAUCAGGGCAAGGACGCAGAUGAAGAAGCCGCCAAACAGUUCUUCGCAAACCGUUUCCGGACCAUCAAUCGAAACAGUGAUCGAGAAAUCUACAUUCACUUCACAAACGCUACCGAUACCAACCUACUGAAAGCCACCAUGGAAGACGUACAAGAUAUCCUGAUUCAAAAGAACCUUCAACGACUUGUUUUGUAA